CACACUUGAUCGGGUGACACUUUCCGGACCGUCGGAUGCGUGUUUUCGCUGCGUCUGCACCCGCUUUCACUCUCAUCCCCUUGUAUAUUCUCACUUUUUAUUUAUUCAUCCGUCUUUCACGCGGACACCGAUCUUUGAAUGGGGAGCGGAGUCAGCUGUCGUCGGGGUUUCCGAAAAACCGGGCGCGCACACUUGAUCAUAUUUCAGGGAGUCGUUUUGUGUGUGUAGUGUCCCCCCCCCCCGGCCACACACACACAUCAGCUGUUGCUGGACUGUGUUUGUAUGAUGGUGGAGCUGCUGUGAAGCACUCGGGCAUCAUGAACCCUGGCAGCAGGAGUGUGAAGUUGACUAUCGUGACAGCGCUUCAGGCUUUGUGGGUCUCGACGUGCGUGUGUGACGAUGUCCAGUCCACAUCUUCAGCAGGAAACCUGAGUGAUUAUCACAGACCAACAAUAAAGCAGAAGAACUAUGGGACAACUGUACCUCUUCUGUUUACUGGACAGGACUGGAGACCCUUCAGUUGGCUUAGAUCGCAGCAUCACCCAAAGUCACUGAAGCUCUUGAUCGAAGUAGAUCGUGAUCAGCUGGUCCUGCUACUGAAGAAGAACGAGGGGCUGUUUGCGAGCAACUAUAGAGAGACUCAUUACCUGGAGGAUGGCAGUGAGGUCACGGGAUCCCACAACUUUACGGCGAACUGUUACUACCAUGGUGAAGUGGAGCAUCAUGACGACUCAGACGUCAGCCUCAGUACCUGUGCUGGAAUUAAGGGCCUUGUAUCGCUCAAAAACAGAUCCUAUAUACUGGAACCAUCCACAGAUCACACAGACGGGACUCACUGGAUCUACACAACGGAACACCUCAACUUCACUGCGGGAACAUGUGGCCAUGAUUUCAACAUUUCGCACCCAUUUGAGCACUUGGCCAGCAGUCCUUUCAGGGCUUUCAACACGAGGCAUAAACGCCACGUGCAGUCUACGACCAAGUAUGUGGAGCUGAUCAUUGUGGCUGACAACAGAGAAUUCCAGAAACAAGGCAAGGACAUGGAGAAGGUCAAGCAGCGGCUGGCUGAAAUCGCCAAUUACGUGGACAAGUUCUACAGGGCUCUGAAUAUCCGUGUGGCUCUGGUGGGCUUGGAGGUGUGGAGCGAUGUCGACAAGUGUCCCAUCACCCAGGAUCCCUUUGCCACCCUGCAUGAGUUCCUGGACUGGAGGAAAGUCAAGCUCCUCCCUCAGAGGCCACACGACAACGCCCAGCUCAUCAGUGGAGUAUACUUCCAGGGCACCACCAUCGGCAUGGCGCCUAUCAUGAGUAUGUGCACGGCUGAGCAGUCAGGUGGGAUUGUGAUGGACCACUCUGACAACCCGCUGGGAGCAGCAGUCACCUUGGCCCACGAGCUGGGACACAACUUUGGAAUGAACCAUGACACGCCAGAGAGAGGGUGUGGAUGCAGAGCCACAGUGGACCGGGGCGGCUGCAUUAUGACGCCCUCCACUGGGUAUCCGUUUCCAACAGUUUUCAGCAGCUGCAGCAAGAAAGACCUGGCGGCCAGUUUUGAAAAAGGCGUCGGGAUGUGUCUAUUCAACAUGCCAGAGGUCAAAGUGCUCUACGGUGGACAGAAAUGUGGCAACGGCUACGUGGAGGAGGGAGAGGAGUGCGACUGUGGAGAGCCCGAGGAGUGUCUGAAUCCCUGCUGCAACGCCACGACCUGCUCUCUGAAGGGUGAUGCUGUUUGCGCUCAUGGACAGUGUUGCCAGGAUUGUCAGCUUAAGCUAGCGGGCACUCCCUGCCGUGAAUCGGGUAACUCCUGCGACCUGCCUGAGUUCUGCACCGGCAGCAGUCCUCACUGUCCCGCCAACGUCUACCUGCACGACGGCCACGCCUGCCACAAUGUGGACGGCUACUGCUACAAUGGCAUCUGCCAAACCCACGAGCAGCAGUGCAUCACGCUGUGGGGCCAAGGAGCCAAGGCAGCCCCGGGCAUCUGCUUUGAAAGGGUCAACUCAGCGGGAGACCCCUAUGGCAACUGUGGCAAAGACUCCAAAGGCUCUUUCGCCAAAUGUGAACCGCGAGACGCAAAGUGUGGAAAGAUCCAGUGUCAAGGAGGCGCUAACCGGCCAGUAAUUGGCACCAAUGCUGUUUCCAUAGAAACCAACAUCCCUCUGCAGGAAGGCGGAAGGAUUCUUUGUCGAGGCACUCAUGUGUACUUGGGCGACGACAUGCCUGACCCUGGGCUGGUCCUGACCGGAACCAAGUGUGGAAAUGGAAUGAUGUGCCUGAAUCGUCAGUGCCAGAAUGUGAGUGUCUUCGGUGUUCUGGAGUGCGUCGCCAAGUGCAAUGGCAGAGGGGUUUGCAACAACAACAAAAACUGCCACUGUGAAGCGCACAGUGCUCCUCCUUUCUGUGACAAGACUGGCUUUGGAGGGAGUCUGGACAGCGGCCCCAUCAGAUUAGCAGAUACCGGGAGUCUGGUGGUGGGCAUUCUGGUAGUUCUUCUCUUCAUCCUGGGAACUGGAUUGAUCAUUUGUAUCAAGAGGAAAACUCUCCUCGGCCUUCUCUCCGUCAGUAAAAAGAACCAGAUCGAGAAGCUAAGAUCUGUGAGUGCCACAGUGAGUGGAACCUCGACUCCGUCGCAGACACAGACAUUCACCACAGCAGCUCCAUCUGGCACAGCAUCCCCAUCUCGCCCAGCACCGCCAGUGCCAAAGCCAGCCCCUGUCCAGAAGCAGCUUCCUCACCGGGGGUCAGAGACCACGCUCCCACCGCCACCCUACCCCUCCCACAGCCUGCACCGAUUGCCCCAGUGCCCUCCAGUUCACCUCAGACACCCAGUUCCCGUGUCUCUCACCUUGUCGCUGUCACCUCGACCCCUCCAGCCCAGACCACCAGUGCCUCCGCCUCACCGAGCCCCUCCGCCCCACACCCAAGUCGUACCACGUGGGGCUUCAUUUCAUGGUGCACCUCGGCAUCCGUCCUGCAGAAUGGUCAUGGAGCUGGAGAAGCCCAGUCCACCUCAGAAGCCUCUGCCUGCAGACCCACGGAGCGCUCGCCUGGGAAGAAGUCCAUCUGUGGUGAAGAACCAGAGCGCAGCUCCUGCAGCACCCAACCAUGGUGCAUCCAGGCCCAUCCGUGGUGCCCUGUACCCCGAAAGACCCAGUCCCAAGCAGCCUCCAACUCUACCAAAGCCUUGCAUUAUCGCCAAUGUUAAGUACAGCAGAUGAGGCUUUGGCCCGGAGGGACGGUGAACGAGUGACACUAAGAUAACAAUCGUUUGCACUACAGAAACUCUGAAAACCUUAAAGAAAAUGGUGGCCUCUCCGAGUUUCGAACACGAAGACCUGUCGUGUCCCUUUGGUGCUCCGGUCUUGCCAUGGUGCUAUGAGUCUGAGCUCAGGUACAUGUACAUUAUUUAUAAUGUGUAUUUAUUGCCACACCGUGCACUGUGCCAGACACCUUUUUCUACGUGACUUAGAAUUUUGAAUUUCUCUCAUCUGUGACCACCCGUUCUGUUUAAGGCAGGAUUUUGAUCCGAAUUGAUGUCAUCUGUGAUUUAAUGAAGGGAACUGCUAAAUUAGGAUUUUUUUUAUUAGUGAGAUUGUGCAAUUACAAGUGACAGCAAAAUCUGGAUUGUUUGGGGGGUGGACAAAGCAAUUCUGACUUUAAUUCAAAACUUCAUUUAAGAGCUUCAACUAUUGCAGUGCAUUAUGGAGCAAAAGUGGUGACAGUUGUCAACAUUUCAAAUGAUCUUGUCCCAGGACUUUUUCAUUUUGAGUUGGACGUGACCGUCUCAAUAUAUAACAUAUGUCUGCCAUUUUGAUCAUCAAAACUGACAAAUGAGUUGUGAUCGUGAUCAGAGACAUUUGCUGCCAGUGAUGUUAUUUUAAAGAUGCACUUCUGCUACACAUUCUUUGGAUGUAUUGUAGGAAGUAUUGUGAAAUGUCACACAUGGACUGAACAUGACACCAGAAUGUUUCAGGAGUGAAAGAGAAAGUAAAGGACUAUUAUGUUUUGCAUUUGCUUGAGAGAAAGUUGCUGUUGUGAAUUUAAUGUUCUGAAUUGUGACAGACUGUUUUGAUUUUAGAUACCCUUUUCCUGAGGUUUUUAACAAAGAAUUACUGUUUUUGAAAACAUGAUUAUUCAAAUUUUUCUUUGUGACUUAAAUAUUUCUUUUUAGCAAAAAAAAGAGAAAGAGAAAAUAUAUUUUUAGAAUAAAAAGCUGUGACUAAAAACAAUAAAAUAUUAGUUUUUUUAAAUUAAAUAAUGUCAAUUCCUGUAUCAUUUAAAUAUUGUUUUUCUCUCAAGUAAAUGCAAUACAUUACCAUAGUAUGUGCACAAGGGUGUUUUCAAGAAUAUAAAGGCUAAAUAUUAAAGGCCACAUUUGAAGAAACUGAAUUAUUACAAACUGUUUCAUUUCUGUGCUAUUUUUGUUGUGCAUCCUAAAAUUAUGAAAUCCACUUAAUUGUGAAAAGAAGGCACGAAUCUUAGCUUUUUUCCUUUGUAAUAAAUGUAUUACCAUUUACACUGAGCAGCAUUUCCAUCUUACAUCAUUAUUCUGACAUGGACUUUGUUACAGUUAUUUUUCACUUACAGUGCACUGUGUACUUGCUUAAGAUGGUUGUGUUGUUUCAUCGGUUUUGUCCUUAUUUGAUGUUAGUUGUGUUACAGGUGAACACAUCUCAAUGGUGAAUGCUUUUUUUCUACAAUGACUGUUUGAUACAUCAUAUGUAAAGUAAACACUACAAUUGUCUGUGUUGUCCACUGUUUUUAUUUUAUAUAUAUAUAUAUAUAUAUGAGGGGGAUCAUCACGUGU